AUGGCUUCAAUAGACUUGAAGCAGACUGAGUUUUUUUCGAUGGAAUUAACAGACCUCCACCAACUUGUCACAACAACCGCACAACAAGGUUCUUCCACACAAAACAACGUGAAAGACAGUGACACGUUUCCUCUUCACAUGAGCGACGAGUACUCGCACGCGUUAAAGCGAAUCAUUGUUUUCAUUGAGGCAAAGUCGUCGAACAUGUUAGGUGAAGUCAUCAAGAUUGCGACAAUCAAAGCGCAGGAAAUGAACUACGAGACGGUAGUCGCAAACAUAUUCAUAGCCGAUGUCAUGUUAGCGUUUUAUUUGUACAAUGGAUGGUCGGACCAACUCACCGACAAAUUAUGUGAUAAAAUAGUUCAGAGACUCCAAGCGAUUGGAGACGAUGUCCAUCCGAUGAAGAAUGAAACCAAUUUUGAUGUCGCGUAUUCGACUAUGAUCAAUCAAUGGAGUACUUUGAUUCGAUUACUUUGCCAAGAAAAGCAGUUCAAAAGCAUCUGGGCGUAUUUCUUUGGCUAUUGGAAAGACCCCAACACCGAAAAUUUCAACACACGUGUUCGCCUCUUGCGAUUUUUACAAUUUGGGAAGAACGAAGUGGCCGAUUAUAAAGUCGUCGAGGGAGUUUUAAAAACUAUUGCGGCAAGUGUGAAGAGUGCGAAGCAUAUUGAGACUAAGGAAGAGCUCAUGGAGUUACUUGAAAACUUGAUGCUUUCGCUCCCCGAAGGUUCUUUUGCAAAGGAAUUAAAUUAUGUGAAAGGAGUGAUAUCGCCAUUCUUUAACAAGUCGUUUAAGAUGGAGUGUCAUGGGGCGAAGGUCGAGGCAAUAAUCCACAUGAAAACCAAUUUGGGGGAGACGCAAACGGUUCAAAAGUUCAUGAAUCAAUUGAAUGACAUCAACGCGAAAACGGAACCCAUUUUGAAUUACAUUGAAACGUUGUGUAAAGGUGUCAUUGAAAACGACUAUUUGUAUUUGCCCGACUCAUUUUACAACUUGCCGAUUGCCGCGAAGAAAAGAAUCUCACCGUUUCGAAUGCGACCACUUUUGAAAUACGCGGAGAAGUAUAUUCAGAUCAUUAUGGGCGUUGUAGUGAAUUGCCCUGUUAAAGUUGAAAAGGAAGAGAUUGAGAGACGAUCAAGAAAAGUGGUGUUCUGUGCGGCGCAUAGUCUUCCAGUCACCUAUCAUAUCAUUGACUCAUUCUUGGACGACAAAGAAGACAAUUUGAGUCUUGCAGUACUUUACAAUGCAUUGCAUUUAAUUGUGAAUGACAAAUUCUUGUGGGUCAAUGUCGACGAGGAGAAAGAAGCAAAAGCAAAGAAGAAAGUGUUAUCUCUGGGGAAGAGAAAGUUUUUGGAUUUGUACAACUCCGUUUAUGAUAAAGUGAAAGCACUGGAUACUCCAGCAACUUCGACUCGACAAUUAAGUAUUCCACAACAUAUUAAAGAGUUUAUGGCGUCAAACUGUGCGGAUGAUACAUACAUCAAAGCAACUAUGUUUAAAGCAGUGAAGAGAUGGCGUGAGAUUCAAAGUGGUAAACAAGUGUCGUUAGAAACUUCUUCAAUACGACAGACUGAGAAUGAGGUAUUAAAGAACUUAGAAAAUUGGGGGAAUAAUGUAGCGGUCGAUGGAUUGACUGUUGGCAUGAAUGUAGUGAAGAGAUCGAUUAUGUCUGAAAUUCCGGAUGAAAUGCGAAUGGAGAAGGAAGAAGUGAAAGAAAAGGUUGUUGAAAAGAAGAGGAAAAAACUAAUCAAAGAAGAAAAACAGAAGGAAAAGAUCCCCGACGAGAUGAUUCUCUUUGUACAGUUGAUUCGGUACAUUUCAAAUGAUCCAAAACAAUAUAUUAUAUACACACAAAAGAGUGGAGCAUUCCCGUUUUAUCCAUUUGUGACAAGUAAAACAGACUAUUUAGCUACAACAAUUCAAGAGAGUGUCUUGCGUAUGGUUUUCAUGUCAGAGAACUUCAGAACUAUCAUCAUUUGGGACUUAAUGAAAGUCUUUGUGGAUUUGAUGGAGACGGAUGUCCCAUAUCAAAACAUGAUGGAGUUUGUGGACGCCGUCAUGUGUCUGUGGACUGUCAAACGAAUUAAUGAAACGACGAAACACGUUGAUGCGGAUGAGGAAAAGAAGAAGAAAAGCAAGAAAGACAAAACAACCCCAACUGUCAUAUUUACAGAACACUUGUCGGAACACAUUGAAGCUAUUAUUACCGUGUUACAGCAACGAUUUGACCCAAAUGUCAGAUUUGAAACACCUGAAUUGUUGACUUAUUUGUACUUCACUUCAUUGAAAGACUUUGAUAACACCGUGUGGAAAUCAACUUACAAAAACGAGAAGUUUAUAGAAGAAUAUUCGAGGUACUUAUACAUCUUACAAACAGUCAAAGUGCCAAACACUUUGGUGGAGAUCAGACAAACACUUCCGACAGUAUCACAAACACAACUUCAGGUGGUCAACCAACACCUCUUGUUGUUGGAUUAUUUGCAAACAUCCAUCAUCUUAGACUUGUUGGGACAGAGUGAAGCAACACGACCUAUUAUUCAGAGAAUUAUGAGGAUUUCGCGAAAGCAGUUGGCCAAGGAAGGUAUCAAUGAUGUCACACGAUUCCGGUUACUCAAUAUAUACUUGUCAUCACUCUCAUUGAACAAGUCGAAUGCGUUAUCUAAACAACAACAAAUAGCCUUAUAUUCCAAUGAUAAUACGGAAUUUGUCAAAUUGGGCGAAGAAGCUACUCUGGUACUUAAAAACAUCAUUAAAGAGGUGAUGGAGAAGACCGAGUAUCAAAGUGUGAAUGAACAGUCGUUAAUUCGCUUGUUGUCUUGUAUGAACAUAGACAUCUUUUAUUAUUUCAUUGAACAAAUCAAAGUCUACGCACUCCCUCUUAUCAUCAGUGACAAAACUACUGUUGAAAGACGACGACAAUUAAUGAUGACAACAAUGUUGGUGCUCAAUGGGUGUUUGAUGAGAGACUGCUCGCAUCUCUUCCAGUCUCCACUUGCUAAUCGCUUCAUUUUGGGUAUUCUUUUCUUCAUUAAUGAAGUCUUCCUCCAACUCAAACUACUUUGGCCUUCUUAUACACCCAACGACAAUUAUAGUUAUUGCGCUCCACAGAACUUCCCAGCUUACUUUGCACAGAACUUCAUAUUGUUACUCUUUUACUUCUGUCGAAAUAUCAAAAAGCAACAACUUUUAAGACUGAAAGAACCAACUAGUUCGGUGUUACCCGUCUCAAUGCCAAUUCACUUUUUGGUGUGGCCAUUGGAACAACGCGCCGAUAUUUGCGAGUACUUGAUUAACACGUUUAUCAACAACCAAAUGAAGACAGAAGGUAUUACAGACAUUUUGUGUUCAUCAUCUGUCGAAGCGAUAUGUGCGAUAUUUGCAUUGGCACCACUUUCUUUCGAACAAAAGUUCUUUAUGAAGCCGAAGAGAAUAGUCGAGCUUGAGAAGUACCACGGCGGUGUGUUAAAGUGGAUUGUCAGAUUCCACCCGGACCUUGUGUUUUCGUUGAGUAACCCCGACAUCGAAAAUAUGACCCAAAGCACUGUAAUCAUUAAAGCCAUUUCAGACGUGUAUGCAAAAGUCUGUGCACCGGAUUAUAUCAGAAGUGGUGUUAAACAAAUGGACACUGAACAUAUCGAAUUACUUGAAGCAACGGAUGAAGUAGAAGGUGAUGUUGAUCCGGCUUUUAUCGCCAAUUUGAAGAAAUUUGGUGCGUCGUUGUUGCAUCAUUGUUUGAUCACACUCAUGGCCGAUGAAGAGGACAUUCGUCUGUGUUCAUUCAAUGUCGUGCUUUGGUUGUUACCUGUCAAGUUUGGGCUAUCAGACAAAUUUGAUUAUAAGAUCUUCAAUGAAGUCGUCAAACACCGAAUAGCUAUUACAACGUCUAUUGAACAAAACAGAUUUGUAGCUGCUCUUGAAAUCGUCAAAUUGUGUAUCAAACAUUGUGAACCGCAUGCGAAGACUGUGUUCUACAAAGGUACUAUGGCGGGGUCUGGUAAUAAACUGACUGAAUUACAGAAGAGAUGGUUAGUGACGUAUUCGAUCAACUGGUUGCCAUUUGUGUCAUUGUCGAAGGAUUUCAGUGAAAAGGAGUACACGAAAAUUCUUGAUAUUUUGGUGUACGAUGUCACUUCGGCUAUGAAACACAACUCGGAACAAGCAAUCACCUUCUGGACUAAAGUCUGCGAAAGGCAAGAUGGCAAUGAGAAUAUCAUUCACGACGAAAAAUCGAAUUACAACGUUAUAUUCACUUAUUUAAAGAGUGAAUUACCCAAAGGAAAGAAUAGAGACGCGUUUUUGAUUGUGUUCCAGGCAUUGAUGAAGGUCAACACGACUUCGACGUUCUUAAAACUUGCACAAACGAUGUCGUUUGAGUAUUCUGCAAAUAUGAUGAUGUCGAGAGGGUCGUAUAAAGAUAAAUACAAAGCGCAGUAUAUAGCGAUGAAUGUGUUGAACGACUUUUUUGGAGAGACGUUAUUUGAGGAUGAGUCUGGUAUUCAUUAUGUGGUGUUGUUCUCGUUGUUGUUGUGUUAUGCAUCACAAGAUAGAAAUGAAGUUGAAAUCUUUUACAACUUUGUGAGGAAGUUGUGUUACAAUUUUUAUGAUGCAUUUUCAUCGGACAAAGAUGCGACUAUGGCGAAGUGUGGUCAGAGGUUUUACACUUUAAUUUCUGGUUUAGAGAUCGAUCGAGUACUUAACAGAGAAAUAUUGAUUCAAAUUAUUAUAAAUUUGGUGACAUUGUUGGGCUUACAAAAGAAACCCAAGCUCAUCUCAUACUUCAAAAAGGAAUUAGCGAAUUGGGCAUGCUCUGGUAACCCUAGUGCCGCCAACGUUGGAGCCUCAUUGAAUUGUUGUGAAUUCUUUGUGCGUAUAUUCAAUGUUGGGCGCAAUGAAAUCGAGGCAGAUCAAUUUGUGUUUACAUUAUUAAAGCUUAAGAACGCUUUGGCAGACAACGACGACGUUGUUAUGACUCUCCAAUACAAAAACGUUAUUGCAGAUUACUGUGCGAAAAUUAUGGAGAUAUCAGACAUGUUCUUGCGAUAUGCUCCAGACGUUCACUUGAUGUUAAAGGUGAUGUGGGUUGUCAACUGUUUCAUGGUGUCAUUAGACAUUCCAAUUGGUGUCUAUCGUCGUGCAAUACGAAUGCUUAACUUCUCCAUCUCACCGGAAAUAUGGGAUAAAGUUCGCCCUGAGGAUUACUUGACUGCAUUGAAAGAUAUUACAAACAACAACAUAACUGUCUUUAAAGGAUUUCUUGUAAUGGCGAUGAGAGGAUUAACAGACAACGACUGUAAGGACGUCUCCGCUGAAAUAUUUGCUAAGCUAUUAUCAAAGCCAGAAAUGUUCUUCUUGCACUUCCCAAGGAAACAAGAACUGGUUGUACCGAUUGGGAUCAUCGCGUUCACUUGUUGGUUCUGCGACAAAAUUACGAAUCUGAAAUUGAGGACACAAGACGACUGGGAUACACCAAAGAAGCUACUGAAAAUUUUGAUUCAAAACACAGAGAAACUGAAAGAAGUGAAGUUGAAAGAUUAUUUAAAUUACGCCAGAGAAUUGAUGGAGGUCGAUUUGAAGACGAUCACCAUUUCUACGUUACUGAAGAAGGUCUUGGAUUGUCUUGCCCCACUUGUCACAGCCAACUUUGUUACCAUCGUCGAUGUAUUCUUUAAUGAGUGUGUACUCCCAGAGACGUCUCCUGUCUUUAAGGAUAUUUUGAUACAAUUUACAAUGUUCUUUGCUACUCGAUCCGAGUUAAAGUCCGAGUUUGUUAGAAUUGUAAUGAAGAAGAGAGAUUUGAUUAAGGACAACGAGUACAUUUUUGAACUCUUUGACAUUAUGGUAAAAUGCGCAACAGAACAAGAACCCGUACUCGACGUGACAUAUAUGGACAGUUACACGAUGCUCGACGCAGUUGCCCUGAAGAUGUUCGGUAUGACCUCCGAGUCUCGAAGUGGUGACUCAUACUCAAAAAGUAGUGCUGGGUUCUCCAAUAGCGAGAACGCUUCAAACCUCCAAUCCGUUUCUUCGCUUUCGUCUGCGGGAAAGAAGAAGAGAGUACUUAAGGUUGAGUAA